AGCAGACAAGAAGCUUCAUAAAUCUACAUCCCACAAAUUCCAGCUGUUAUCCAUCCAGCCAGAUCCUUACUGUGAACAUAACUGUACCUUAAUGUCAAAGUUAACUAUGUCUAAUCUAAUACCCAAACAUAACUGUUUCUGUGUGUGUCUAAGUUCAGUGGUAAGCCUAACCUUCUUGGACCUGCACCUGCCUAGAAACCAACCACUGGGAUUAACAUCCUUAUUUAAUUAUUUACUUAUCCUUAUUUAACUCUGGACUUGAUUGGAUCAGGUUUGGUCACAGGGUCAUACAUGAAAACCUGGAAAAUGGAGAGUCUGUUGAUCUGAUGUUGGGUUGAUCUUAAGCAUGACAAAUGUGGGCUCUGGUCUUUUUUUUUUUUUGGUCCUGAUUCGAGUGUUAAUUCCUGACAUGGCCCACAUUAGUCUGUGAGGGUUAAUAUGUCUGAUGUGUCAUGAUGCUGCUUGGAGCUGGCUGCAGGGGGAGCUGGUGAAUCACUGCAGCAGGUGCAGCCCUGUCAUAUGAUGGGGAGUUCAAAGUACACAAGUUGUGCUGAGAGCAAGAUUUUAUAAAAAAAAAAUUGAAAGACCUUUAUCUUUAUCCUGAAAAGUCACAGGGCAGUCAGGCGGUGCUUUUCAAGAGAACAACUUUAUCUUUCUCUGAGUUCACAAUGCUUUCUGCUGUUUUAGAGCUUCUUGUCAAAUCCCCUGCCAUUACUCUUAAAGGCAUCAAAUGUCUGUGUCUCUGUCAGAUCCACUUUUCCUCUGCAGAAUAAUCAUCUGAGGUACCGCUCUGCACACGACUGCUGGAUUAUGCAACUGUUUACCUCAUUUGAACUCACACUGUUAGCUCUGUGUCAUCCCCCAGUCUGCCUCAUCAGAUACAGCUCUGUGAUAGCUCUCAUCCUGUGUGGUCGCUGUCACUUGUGCACUGCACCUCAUAUGUGCAAUAUUCAAAAGAGGAGGAUUACAGGAGAUCUGGAGUAGUGGUCUAGAUAUUUUUGCUUUGGAUGGAUCAAUGAUGUUUAGUUUAGUGCAUAACAAGGAUCUGCAGGGUUCAGCCCUGAGUUUAUUUUGCAGAUUAUGUAUAAGAAGUACAUAAAAAACUACUUUUGAGACACUAUAUAAUAUAUUGAUAUGAUGUAGACAUGUUAUAAUGAAUAUGUUAAGAGGUAGAAUAUUUUAUUUCUUUUAUAAUUGACCAAUAUAUUUCUUUAUUUUUGUCUGGUAAUGAACUCAUUUUGAGAGAGAGGUGUUAGUAGUAGAGCAGCAGUAUGUUAUGGGCUGCUUCUGUGUGUGUGCAUAUGUGUGUGAAAAUGAAAUGUGCCUGACCCCCUUUUGAAUAAUUCUAAAAUGACCAUACAUUGUAUAAUAAUCGCAGAUUUGCAUCGCAAGUCUCUGCCAGUCUGUCCACAUUUGCAUCUCAUCAGCGCGCAUAGGCAGACUUCCUAUAGCCCCUGCUUCACACAAGGACCGGCAAUGAGACUCCGAACUGAUCCCAGGCCUGCUCACUAUACAUGCAAGCGGACGUGCGUCGCAUAGGCUAGACGCUGCUGCUGCUGUGUGAGAUCCACCGUACAGAGCCAUAUGGCGCUCCCCUCCUCUGCUGCGAGCUCCCAACCUGCACUCAGCUCCUCCAAACAUUUUUCACCUUUCCUCCCUCUUUAUAUGUCAAACCGCUGCUUUAACUGCCUGAUGCCGGUGAGGCUGUCGGUGCGUAAUUGCGCCAUGCUUCCGCGCAACACGGUCUGUUUUUUUAUUUCUCAAGACGAACGGGAGACCUCCGCCAUCGGUGGAAAUUGAGAUGUAUUUUCUGAGGCGCUGGUGUGCUGAACGGAUCCCUUCCGAGAUGCUGUAUGAACCCAAACCGGGCUGCCCCUAUUCAGCAGAGAACGGAUCACCAGGCAGGGACAGUUCUUGUACCGGACACUUGUGAGAUGAAGGACAAGAAGAAAAAGAAGAAAUACUGAAUGCUUUUUUUGUUUGUUUGUUUUCGGUGGGGAUCACGGCACAUCGGGAUGGAUGUGAACCGGUGUUAACGGAUGUUUCUGAGUGGAUAUUAUCCCUGAGUGUUUUUUGUUGUUGUUGUUUUCUUUUUCCCGGCGGAUCGUGUUCGAUUUUGUUUUCCUUUCAGCCCUGCCAGGAUACUAGCGCUAGUCGAUGAAUUGAUGUGGGGAUACACUCGACCUCGGCUGCAUAGAUGGCGAACACAAGUGAGUUUGGGGGGAGCAGCCCGUCCUUACAGAACUAUGCGUCCACGGCCUCUGCGGUCAAGCUUGCCUCUCUGGGUCUGAUCAUGGGCAUCAGCCUGCUGGGCAACGCGUCGCUGUCGCUGCUGCUGCUGAAGGACAGCUCGCUGCACAAGGCGCCCUACUAUUUCCUACUGGAUCUGUGCCUGGCGGACGUGGUGCGCUCCGCCGUCUGUUUCCCCUUUGUGAUGGCAUCGAUCGGCGGCGACUCGACCUGGCCGUACAGCGCGCUCAUCUGCAAGAUCGUCGCCUUCAUGUCGGUGCUCUUCUGUUUCCACGUCGCCUUCCUGCUCUUCUGCGUCAGCGUCACCCGGUACAUGGCGAUCGCCCACCACAGGUUCUACUACAAGCGGAUGAAUCUCUGUACGUGCGUGGCGGUGAUCUGCAUGGUGUGGACUCUCUCAGUGGCCAUGGCUUUCCCACCGGUUUUCGACGUGGGCACCUACAAGUUCAUCAGCGAGGAGGAGCAGUGCAUCUUCGAGCACCGCUACGUGAAGGCGAACGACACCCUGGGCUUCAUGUUGAUGCUGGCUGUCAUCGUGGGGACGACCCAUGUGGUUUACAUCAAGAUGCUGUGCUUCGUGUACGAUCACCGCAAGAUGAAGCCCGCACAGCUGGUCCCCGCAAUCAGCCAGAACUGGACCUUCCAUGGACCGGGAGCCACCGGGCAGGCCGCCGCAAACUGGAUCGCCGGCUUCGGCCGCGGACCCACCCCGCCUACGCUUGUGGGCAUCAGGCAAGCUUCACACCUCGGCAACAGGAGGCUGCUGGUGCUGGACGAGUUUAAGAUGGAGAAACGGAUCGGGAAGAUGUACUACAUGAUCACACUGACCUUCCUUAUCCUCUGGGCUCCUUAUAUAAGCGCCUGCUACCUGAGAAUAUUUGUGCGGGGUGCUCCGGUCCCGCAGCUCUACCUGACCGCAGCGGUGUGGAUGAGCUUCGCUCAGGCUGGAGCGAACCCCAUCAUCAGCUUCCUGUUCAACAAGGAGCUCCGGGUGCGCCUCAGAGCCUGUUUCCCCUGCUGCCUGGGGACACAGACACCCAUGGAGCCGUACUGUGUUAUCUGAGCCCCCAAAACACACACUGCCAAAGACGCAUUAGUUUCAGAAUGUACACAGACUGCUCUCCAAAAUGUGUCUGCACAGGCAGACAGGGGUGAUGUGGAGGGUGAACACACUCCAGUUCAUUUUUUUUAUGAAUGGUGACAAAGAUUCUGACAAAAACUUGAAUAUGAUCUGCUAUAUUUUGCUUAUCAGAAUCAGACUAAUCAAAGCGAUGAGAGGCUUUUUAAUGGUUAGAAUCUGAUACUUUUAUAAAAAAUAUAAUCUGUUAUGACAGGGCGCAAAAUUAACUUGUUUGUCCACUUGCCAAAUGGCUAGUGAAAGUUUCAAUUCACCAGCCAUUCAGUACAUCAUCAUUGUUUUUCUGUUUGGUUGGUGAGUGAAGCAAAUCCUCCAGCGUCUUGCAUAUUUCUCCAGCGUUUGGCCGGUGGCCGGUGCUAAUUUUGUGCCCUGCCUCACCAUCGUCAUUUCAUUUACACCUUUUGCAUGUGCUGUAGGUGACAUUCACUCCAAAUAUAGAGGAGAUCCAUGACAGUCAUGUUGCGUCCUACCUUUGGAGACAGUUUUUAUUGCCCUCUUGAGUAUACCAACCUUUUUGGUCGACUACAGAACUGUACAUGAAUGUCACUUUGGCUAAUUGUUUGUAUAUUUUAAAAAUUCUACCCCGGUGCACUCGUUUUGAGGUUGUUUGCCUUUUUGCAGAAACUGAUGAGCGAAACACAACCCGGACUAUUUUAUCAGCCGAUGAGUUUCUCGAGCAUCUGUGACACGCUUGGUUUCUAAUUGUUUGGAUACCACAGAUGAGAUUAAAAUAUCUCAGUAUAUUUUUAAUGAGAACAAUGUCACAUUUGUAAAUACUGUAAAGCUUGUUGUCCCUCUUUCCUUCCUGCUUUUUUAAAACCAGAUAUGUUGUAUAUUUCAUAAUCUCUUAGAUCCUCUGUGUUGAAAAGGUGUUGAAACUCACUUUGAAGGUAUUUUGCAAAUUCUUAUUGUUUUUCAUGGGUCAGUUGUGUUGAGAAAUGGGUUGAUUCACGUUCCCUGCAGGAUAUCUUUUUUUUUUCUAUGGAUGUGUACUUUGGGACUUUGGGAAAAUGUUAACAUUAUGGUGCUUUGGAAAGGGUGUUUGAAUUGUUUGUAUUUCUUAGCAAAUAAACGAGAAAUGGAUGAUAA